UCCGGAAGUUCCUCCAGUAAUUCCUCCGGAAGUUCCUCCAGGAAUUCCUCCGGAAGUUCCUCCAGGAAUUCCUCCGGAAGUUCCUCCAGGAAUUCCUCCGGAAGUUCCUCCAGGAAUUCCUCCGGAAGUUCCUCCAGGAAUUCCUCCGGAAGUUCCUCCAGGAAUUCCUCCGGAAGUUCCUCCAGAAGUUCAUCCAGGAAUUCCUCAGGAAGUUCCUCCAGGAAUUCCUCCGGAAGUUCCUCCAGGAAUUCCUCCGGAAGUUCCUCCAGGAAUUCCUCCGGAAGUUCCUCCAGGAAUUCCUCCGGAAGUUCCUCCAGGAAUUCUUCCGGGAGUUCCUCCAGAAAUUCCUCCGGAAGUUCCUCCAGGAAUUCCUCCGGAGGAUCCUCCAGGAAUUCUUCCGGAAGUUCGUCCAGUAAUUCCUCCGGAAGUCCCUCCAGGAAUUCCUCCGGAAGUUCCUCCAGAAAUUCCUCCGGAAGUUCCUCCAGG